AGAAUGAGAAGACACCGUGCCUCAGAGGGCUGAGGGAAAACCCUCUGCAAGAGGCUGAGAAGUAAUAGUCAGAGAGGGAGGAGGAAAACCAGGAAGGGAGAUGUUACCGGAGACCAGGAAAAGGGACUGAGAAGGAGCAGCCGGAAUCCUGCUUGAUGCCUUGUCCCUGCAGCGAGGUUGCCUGGACUCAGGCACCCCACCCUGUCUUGCUCUGACUCAUCCUUCUGCUUCCCCUCUACAGACCAGAUGUUCGCCAUCCAGCCAGUGAUAGCUGAGGGGAGCCAGUUCCUGGGGGGCCCACCUUCUGGAGUAUGUCAGCCUGAGUUCCAACCAGAUAGCAACUCCAACUUCAUGGCAAGUGCCAAGGAUGCCAAUGAGAACUGGCGUGGGAUGCCAGGCCAAGUGGAGCCCAUCCUGAUGAAGAACUCUGAGUUGCCCUCUGAUAACCAGGCUUUCCAGGCCCCUGGACUUCCUGACGGGGAGGUCCGCAGCCCACCAGAGGGGGCAGAGAUCCCCAGGGCUGAGCCUGAGAAGAUGGGUGGUGCCGGCACAGUCAGCUCCCCUCUGGAGGAUAAUGGCUAUGCCAGCAGCUCCCUAAGCAUUGACAGCCCUAGCAGCAGCCCUGAGCCUGCCUGUGGGACCCCUCCAGGCUCUGGCCCUUCAGAUUCCCUUCUGCCCUCGGUGGCCCAGGCUGUGCAGAAGCUGCAGGCUCAAGAGCUCUACAAAGAGCAGGAGAAGGAGAAGCAUCACAUGCAUUUGGUGAUGUACCGUCGCCUGGCCCUGCUCCAGUGGAUCCGAGGCCUGCAGCACCAGCUGAUUGACCAGCAGGCCCGCCUGCAGGAGAGCUUUGACACCAUCCUAGACAACCGGAAGGAGCUUAUCCGCUGUCUCCAACAGAGGGCAGCACCAUCCAGGCCCCAGGACCAGGGCUAAGAGCGAGCGCCUCCACAGGGGUGCCAGGGGUAUCUGUAUAUAUUUGCAGGCAUGAGUGUGGUUGUGCACAAGUACAUGGUUAUUAGCUGGUAUGAGUGCAGCUAAGGAUAAGUGAGUAUGUAUGAGCUAACAUGUAGUGGAUAUCUGCAAGGAUGUAUGACUCUGCACCUGUGCGCCAGCUCGCCUGGGCUAUGUGUACACACAAGCUAACUUAUGUGCAAGCCUAUGUAUGACUAUGUCCAUCUGUGUAUGUGUUGUAUGUAUGUAAGAGGGAGUAAAUUUGUAUAUGCAUAUGUGGACAGACACCCAGCAGUGUGUGUAUAUGUGCAUGAGUGACGAUAUACAGUUGACCUUGAAUAACACAGGUUUGAACUGCUAUAGUUCCACUUACGAGUAUAUGUGGAUUUUUUUCAAUAAAUAUGUACAGUACUGUAAGUGUAUUUUGUCUUAUGAUUUUCUUGAUAACAUUUUCUUUAGCUUACUUAAUAGUAAGAAUAAUAGUAAGUAUAUGAUAUGUAUAACGUACAAAAUGUGUGUUAAUUGACUUUAUGUUAUCAGUAAAACUUCCUGUCAAUAGGCUAUUAGUAGUUAAGUUUUGGGGGAUUCAAAAGUUGUACAUGGAUUUUUUACUGUGUCAGGGUUCAGCACCACUAACCCCUGUGUUGUUCAAGGGUCAACUACAUGCAAAAGAUGUGUGUGCCUAUGAGUGAGUUUGAGUGUGCAGGCUGUGGUGAGUGUAUGUGAGGGAACCCUUGUGUGUGCAGGCCUAUGGGUAGGGGUACAUGUGUGCAGAUGCAGGCAUGGGAAGUAUAGAUGAAGAACGUGUAUUUGCAGGCAGACUUGCAAGCAAAUGUGUGCAAAUAUAUAUUCAGUUGCACAUGUGGGGCAUGCAUCCACACCCUGUGUUACCCAUGGCCUGCCAUAGCCUUUUUUUCUCCCCAGGGUCCCACUGCUUCCUGGAAAGAGGGUGGCCUGCUGUCGUUUUUCUGAGGGUUAUGGCUGAUCCAUUCUCCUGGGAUUUCCUCACUCCUCCCAGACCUUGCUUUGUAAGGCUGCUGUCCCUGAUGAUGGAUUUUCUGUAGGUGGUUGCUGUUUUGGCCUGCCGUGGCUUUUUGGGCAUGAUUUUGCCAGGGCAACUGGUAGAGAAUUAGUAUCAGGGAGGGGAGCUGGGGGUGGUGAUCAACACUAUGGCAGGGAUGGGGGGCUGGAUCAGAGAGGAAGAUAGGGGACCGUCCCUCUUGAACGCUGCCUUUGGGCACAUGGGAGAUGGGGAUGGGGGAGAUCGAUGAUGGCAGAACCCUGUGAAGAAUAGGAGAAUGGGAAUUCUAAAAUACCGAUUUCAAAUAAACCACACCUCUCCACUGCAAAGAAGCUAUUGCAGACCUUAUUGACUUAAGUUUCUGAUGCAAAGGAAUGUGUGCUUAUAAGCUUGCAAGGAAUGGACAAGGUGAUCCCAGGCUACUAGGGAAAUUCUCACUUCCCUCCCUGUGCCUCUACUUGCUAUGCCUCUCUGGCUUUAACAACACUGCAUGUUGAAUUAGUUUGUUCCGUUUCCCUGAAAUCAGCCUGUCUGGGUCAGGAGGAGCCACAGUUCAGCUUUCAAGGGUGGGCAGGGGCAGUGUCAGCCCAGCCUCUGGAAGCUUUUCGGGUGCGGGUCAUACCCUCACUCGUCACUGUAUGGCCCUUUGAAUGGGGGUUGACAGGUUCCAGCGGAAGCUCUGUGAGGUGGAAAGUGGGUGAGUUCUGGGGAGAGCCAGGGACGAAGGUAGCCAGCCAAGCUCUCUGUUUUGCUUCUGAGAGCCAAGAGGACACAAGCUCCCGAUGGGUGAGCCGUGGCAUGGAGGUCACCAACACUGCCUCUGGCCCUUCGUCUUCCUAUCUGAAAAAUGUGGGGGCUUCUUCUGAUUAUCUCUAAAGAGUUCCAUUCCUGAUGGGUGAGUGGGUGAAAAACAUGGGGAGUGAGGCUAAAGCAAUGACCCUGGGAACUUUGUGUCCAACUCUUGCAUGUUGAGUGUAAACCAAGAUAAAUAAACUGGGACAGAAAAGUGCA